CUGAGACGACAGUUAAUCCUGUUGAAUCUCUCAUAGAACAAAUUGCAAACUGAAAAAAGCAAAUUCCAGAUUGUUCGAUUUCUUCGAGCAGUAGAUCUGUUUACAAACCCUAGAUUUUCUAGGGAAUCAAUCGAUAUGGCGCACGGAAGAUCAAAAUUGCUCUUUUUAUUGUGCUGUUUAUCAUACACUUUAAUUGCCAUUGCGUCGAAGAGUUAUUAUGACAUAUUGCAAGUUCCGAAAGGCGCUUCGGACGAACAGAUCAAACGUGCUUAUAGGAAGCUUGCUUUGAAGUAUCAUCCUGAUAAAAACCAGGGAAAUGAAGAGGCUAAUAAGAAAUUUGCAGAAAUCAGUAAUGCUUAUGAAGUGCUGUCGGAUAGUGAAAAGAGGAAUAUAUACGACCGGUAUGGAGAAGAAGGUCUUAAACAACAUGCUGCCAGCGGAGGCAGAGGUUCAGGAAUGAACAUGCAAGACAUAUUUAGCCAGUUUUUUGGCGGAGGCUCAAUGGAAGAGGAAGAGAAAAUUAUCAAAGGAGAUGAUGUGAUUGUUGAUUUGGAUGCAACAUUGGAAGAUUUAUACAUGGGGGGUUCCUUGAAGGUGUGGAGAGAGAAAAACGUUUUAAAGCCAGCCCCUGGUAAGAGGCGUUGCAACUGCCGCAAUGAGGUGUAUCACCGACAAAUCGGUCCGGGAAUGUUCCAGCAGAUGACAGAGCAGGUCUGUGACAAAUGCCCCAAUGUGAAGUUUGAAAGGGAGGGCUAUGAAAUUACUGUAGAUAUCGAGAAAGGAAUGCAAGACGGACAAGAAGUAGUAUUUUAUGAGGAUGGUGAGCCUAAGAUAGAUGGUGAACCCGGAGACUUGAAGUUCCGCAUUCGCACAGCUCCUCAUGACCGCUUCAAAAGGGAAGGAAAUGACCUACACACAACUGUUACUAUUACUCUGGUGCAAGCGCUGGUUGGUUUCGAAAAGACCAUUAAACAUCUCGAUGACCAUUUAGUAGAUAUUGGCACAAAGGGGAUCACUAAGCCAAAGGAAGUGAGAAAGAUUAAAGGUGAAGGGAUGCCACUGCAUUUCAGUAACAAGAAAGGCGAUUUAUAUGUUAAAUUUGAGGUUCUUUUCCCCACAUCAUUAACAGAGGACCAGAAGAAACAGAUCAAGCAAAUUCUUGUUUAGGAUAUACUACAGUCUGAUCUUUUUUCUCCCCUGCAACGAAUUCAGAAGAAUCGGGGGUUGACCUUAUCUCAACCCUUUACACUUUUUCUUGUUUACGAACGUUGCAUUAAUGUAUUGGAACUUGCAGUAAUCUUCCAGGCGUCCUCAUCAUCAAAUUUUCGGGGCUCUAUUGUGUCCAGGCAUUUUUCCCCAAGUCAUUUGAGGUGUAGUUUACAGGCCAUUUGAACUGACUAACAAGGAUACGAUUGAGCAGAUUGGCAGUGAAUUUGCUGCAUUGGGUUAUUGACAUUGUAUUGGACCUUGACUAUAGAGUAGAUUGAAGUACGUACAUUUGUUAGCACAAUUUUCGGAAUGUCAUUUACAUGUACUAUAUAUUUGGAUGAGGGACUUGCAGAUUAGCCGCUGCAUAAUUUCGAAGUCUUCUUCUCAAUAUGCUGUGGUGUUUAUACUGAA